UUGACAAACUGUUUUGUUCUUUAAAUAGAUGAAUAUUGGUCCUCUUACAACUUUUUGAAUGAUGAAGGAAAUUGUUGGAGGAUAUGAUAACAUCGGUGCAUCUAAGCAAGAUUUCAAAAAAUUUCAUAGAGAUUUGAAAGCAUACAUUCAAGGAAGUGAUGCUUAAAUGUUCGUGGAUAACUUUACCAACAAAAAGCUAAUGUGGAGCGCUUUUUUCUUUGAUUUUGAGAUGGAUGAAGAUUAUUGCCUUUGUAGAGCAUUGUAGGCUGACCCCUUUUGUAAAAAGAGUUAUGCUCUAUUUGGUGAUAUGGUAUCCUUUGAUACCACAUACCAAACCAAUAGGUACAACAUGGUGUUUACUCCAUUUACAGGGGUUGACCAUCAUAAGAGCUGCAUUACUUUUGCUGCUGGUUUCAUAGCAAAGGAAGAUAUAGUGUCAUUUGAGUGGUUGUUCAGAUCAUUUCUCAAAGCAAUGGGUGGAAAUGAACCGAAUUGUAUGAUUACAGAUCAAGAUCCAGCAAUGAAAAUUGCUGUUAAAAGUGUGUUUAACAAGACUGAACAUCGCUUCUGUAUGUGGCACAUGAUGAAAAAGUUACCAGAUAAGGUGGAGAAAUCAAUCAUGCAAGAAGAAACUGGUUUCCUAAAAAAAUUAUGUGCUUGUGUUUGGCAUCUUGAAAUUGAACCUGCUGAGUUUGAAGAAAGGUGGAACAAGGUGAUGGUUGAAUACCACUUGGAAGAACAUGAGUGGUUAGGUUAUAUGUACAAGAUAAGGAACAAGUGGAUUCCGGCGUAUUUCAGAGAUGUGUUCCUUGGAGGAAUAAUGCGUACAACAUCAAGAUCCGAAAGCGAAAAUAACUUUUUCUGCUCCUUUAUCAAUCAUCAUGUGUCACUUGUUGAGUUUUACUUGAGAUAUGAAGCUGCAAUUGAUGCCCAGAGACACACUCAAGGUCAGAAUGAUAAUGAUUCAAAGCACAAAUAUCCUGAGUGCAAAACACCACUAGGGAUAGAAAAGCAUGCCUCACAUUUAUAUACUAACACUGUCUUUUAUGAAUUUCAAUAUGAGAAAGAAAAUGGAUUGGAAGUUGCAAAAGUAGGUGAAGGAAAUCGGAUUAGAACAUUUGAUGUUGUGUUUAAUCCAACUAACUAUGGCACCACAUGUUCUUGCAAGCUAUUUUAUAGACAAGGAAUUCCAUGUAGACAUAUGAUUUGGGUUUGGAAAGCAAAAAGGUUUGAAACCAUUCCUGAGCAGUAUAUGCUACACAGAUGGACUACUAUGGCACUGAAAAAACCAAUUUUUGACUUGGGUGGAAACCUGUUGGAGCAAUGUGCUAAUUUAAUUGACAAGAAAAAAUUGUUAAAUGAUUUAUGGUCAGUGAUACACACUUGUGUAAGUUUGGCAGAAGGCAAUGAUGAAGAUAUUCAAGAUCUUGUGAUAAAUCUUCAAGGAAUAAGAAAGGAUUUGGAGGCUAAGAGGAUUGCAAGGAAUAAUGAAACAACAGGAAGUGCAAACAACAAAGGACAAGACAUUGAGCUAUUGAUUGGAGCUAGUGUGCCAACUGAAAUAAUUGUCAAACCUCCAAAAAUUUCAAAGAAUAAAGGGACUGGAGUUCAUGUAUCAAAUGAAGAGACUUCAAAAGAGAAAGGGGCUGAGAUUGAUGUGCCAAAUGUUGAAACAAGAGCAUUGCCUCAAUUCACAGCUAGCUUUUAUAGAAAACAAAGAAUAUGCACCUUCAGCAAUUUAGAGUACAAAUUUCCCAUGGGGUCACAUAAUUGCUCCUUAAUCCAUGUGGUGAGGUCUCCUCCUUCACAUGUCAGUGUCUUUACAUAA